CAUGCGCAUGUGUUCGUUCUCGUGGAAUUGACAUUUCAGUUGCUGCUGCUGCUCGGCUUCUUACCGAAAUCAUGUGCUCGCUCGGAAACCCGAUCUGUCUCGAACUGUGGGAGUCUAUGGAGUUAAAUAUAGAACACAUGCAAUGCAUAAAUGAUAACAACUAAGCUGUAACGAAUAGGUUUUUCUUUCUGACAGGGGGAUGAAAAUGUAAACAUUCAUGAUAUAAGGCCUAGAGCAUAUCGGCAACUUUCUACCGCUCGUGUCAUUGUCCGAUGCUGAAACGCUGUCACUUAGCGCGCGAUCAUGUGUCAUCACAACCUAUUUUGCCAGUUCGAUUGGUUGUAAUUUCGAAAUUAUAUCCGUACGUUUUUAUUUGCCAAACAUCAAGUGAAUAUAGACUAUCGUUGGAUUCAUUCGGAUGGGAAUGUCCCCAGUUUUGUUCCUCCCUGUUGGCGUGACUCAGAAACAUGUAUUGAUUUACAUCUAAUACUAGCUAGGAAAGGAUCUAGAAAACGGAAUUAAGGAGACUUGGAGCUGUUAAGCUAGUAGGGAAAUGCCGUAUAAUGGCUGGAUGUUUGAGUGAUACUACCAAGCCUAGAUCAGGCUGAAAGGAUAAUACUAUAAAAUUAGCUACCCUACCAAUGGAACAUUGUGCCAUAGGACCCAGACAAUUACAUUGGACUAAGCCAACAGGGAUCUUCAACAGAUGAAGUGGCCAUGGGAAGAUUGAAGUAUUACAAUGUGAGAUUUGAAGGCUUAGCCAUUAAUUAAAAUACCUUGAGAAGGUUCCUGGCAUCAUGCAUGUGCAUUUUGAACAAAACACAUCCACAAGAACAGAGUGUACCAUCCACACCCUGUCCUGGAUGGGAAAAGUUCCGGAAAGUCUUCCGGAGGAAGAUGGAGGGUGGAAACUAAAUAGAAGCCAAUAUUACUCAGAGGGAUGGCUGGCUAGUGGCAAUGCCAAGGGUAUUGUUGGAAUCACCUUCACUACCAGCCACUGUCGAAAGUAUGAUGCUCCACAGAGGUCAAAUUUCAACCUGAGAGGUCACAGAAGUGAGGUGAUCUUGGUACGCUGGAAUGAGCCGUACCAGAAGCUGGCUACCUGUGACUCUCAGGGGGUGAUCUUUGUAUGGAUAAAACAUGAGGGACGAUGGUCCAUAGAACUCAUCAAUGACAGAAACAGUCAGGUAACAGACUUUGCCUGGUCACAUGACGGGAGGAUGGCAUUGAUCUGUUACUGUGAUGGUUUUGUGUUGGUUGGGUCUGUGGCCGGACAGCGGUACUGGUCAUCCAUGCUGAACCUGGACAACACCACCAUCACCUGUGGGGUGUGGUCCCCUGAUGACCAAAAGGUGAUAUUUGGGACAACUGGUGGCCAGUUGAUAGUGAUGAGUUCCACAGGGGCCAUGUUGACUCAGGUGAUCAUCAACGACAGCAUGGAGAUAAGCACCAUGGCAUGGUCUUGUGAGAAAUUCAACAUGGACGAAUCUGAUGCCAAAAGUAGCACCACUGAUAACAUCAGCCAUCCCUCAGAAGCUUCCUCUGCCGUAGAUAGCAACCAUGUCUUGGCCAUCUGCUUCAAGUAUGGAGCGAUUUACCUGAUGUCAAAUUACGAUGACAUUUGUCCACGAGUUGUCCAUACUUUACUCACAGGUCUGCGGAUGGACUGGUCUAAUUGCGGUGAAAUAUUGGCGGUGGGGGGCUUCAUCCGUCUGCCAAAUCUUCAGUGCAGGAAUGAGCUACAUUUCUACUCACGAGAUGGACGUCUGCUUCACUGGAUCUCAAUUCCAUCUCAGGGGAAACCCUUAACAGCUUUAUGUUGGGGCCACAAUGACAAACGGCUAUUUUUAGCUUCUGGUUUUAAUCUCCACGUUGCUUGGGUUACGAAGCAGGUGGCGCCACUGCAGUUUCUAUGUCAAAGGAUCAUUCAGGACAACAUUACACAAGAAAAAAAAGUCAGCAAGCUACCUCUGCCCUCUAGACUGCGGCACAACAUACAGGCCCUCUUCUCACCAACAAUAAAGAGUUAUGUACCAGAUCCGUUCAAGUUACGAGAAUUUGUUACAUCCACUCCCCCUGGGAACGAGCGCCUGUUCUGUACGAUGGUGCGUCACGGUGAAGAGACAUCUGGUGGCCAUUAUACUCUGUACCUAGAGUACCUUGGCGGUCUUAUUCCGCUCCUGAAAGGCAAGCGUGCCAGUAAACUCAGGCCAGACUUCGUUAUUUUUGAUCCAAAAAUUAAACCGAAGACUAAUCCCGAGGCAACCAAUGGAAACAGCCAAUAUGAGGCUGAAUAUGAAUCUGAUUCCGACUCGGAUAGUGACAUAUCAACAGACGGAUGUGGGUCUCCCAGAAUGCAACGCAAGAAAAGGCCAAAACAUUUUCGAGCUGCCAAAGUGGAGAGAUCCAUAACAUUCCGAACCCUUGAUGAACUGCUUUACAAUGACAGUCUACCAGAGAGCUCCAAGCUGGUAGAAGUGACAUCCAAUAUUUGGGGAACUAAGUUCCACAUCACAGGGACAAUGCCAUUACUGCCGGAGGAUCUGGGCCACAUCCUCUACAAGACAAGUCUACUCCACCUCCAGCCUCGGCAGAUGACCAUCACGGUCACCGAGAUACGCAGUGACGGUCAGCUACUCAGCCGUGACCCUAACUUUUCACCAGCUCGGGCCAUAGAAGAGGAGAGUGACCAGUCAUCUUUUGAUGAGAUGCUGUAUGAUGGUGGGGAUUACUGCCAUGAUGAAGGAAUACUUGUGGUCACAGAAACAUCCGUUGCUGGGAGCAACAACAAAAAUCAAGUUGUAGUUGAUGUGCUUCCAUCCAAUUCUUCAACCAAUCACAGUGAAGAUAACAAACCCGUCUUGGACCUAAUGGGUGACAGUUGCGGUAUCAGUAAUGUUUUAGUUGGUACUGAGCGACCUUCAAGGACGCCUAACAUGAAAAAUAGGUCACUGUCACCCGCUACCGAAUCUCUUGCUCAAAAUAAUGCCUUUAAUUGUGACUCCAAUUCAGUGCUCAAAGAUAAAUAUGUCGGCCAAGGUGCCAAGCCAAAGGUAAAAAAUUUCCCUUUUUCCACAGGAUCUCAAAUGACGGAAGUAAAUGUUUCGUCUGCUCCGGAGGAUUGUGGUAAUUCGGAAUUGAACCACAGUCCCACGAUGAAUGGUGUUAUGCGAACAAGUUUACACAAUGAAGUUGAACACAUUAUGAAAUAUGACGAGGAAAACCGGUGGGCAGAUCGUGCCAACUGUGGGAUUAAAUUUAUUGACGAUGACAAGGAUUACAGCAAAACCGUGGAGCCGAACCACGAAAACACAGUCAUUUGUGAUUCUAGUCAACUGACACCUACUUCAAACCUCACGUCAGAACAUCAAAAGCGUCUGUACCUUGCAGCAUCAGAGGAAUUACUGAAGGAUGCUGGGAAGGAUGUGUCGGAAUUGUUAUUUGACAGGAGAGAGAGUGUAGAUUCCUUAGCAACAGAAGAUGACAGUGUAGAUUUCAUGGAAUCGCACACUAACUUGACAGAUAACGAGAGUAUAACAAAUAGUCCUUCCUAUUCCCCUAAGUCACAAUCAUGCAAUCUCAAAUCCAAGGAUUUCUUUGGGGAGAGUGAACUCAGCACUGGUCUCCAUAGAGACCCGUUUUCUAUAAGUACUCCCGACUUUGAAAUAAAUCACAGUGCAUCUCUCCCGGCAUCCCCUAUCCGGAGAAGUCCGAAAGGGGACUCGCCAACAAGGAAACUCCGGGAGGAAGUUCUUAAAGGAAAGUGUAAACAUUACAGCCCAAUAUUCAAACGCAAGUCAAAGUACUCUUCGACACAGAUAGAAAGUUCCGACGAGGAUCUGUCCUCGUCUGUUGAAGAGAUCCGUUUUACUCACAAUUAUAAGAAUUUAGAAUCAUUCCAGAAAGCUCAAUUUAAACAAAAGUUACGAAAGGUGCGACGGAAGAGUGAGGAGAGAUCAAGCUUUCCGCCAAUGGGGAUGCGACAAUUUGUGAUGCACAACAAAGCUCCUCUCUGGAAUGAAAACAGCCAGGUUUACCAGCUCGACUUUGGGGGCCGGGUCACACAGGAAUCAGCCAAAAACUUCCAGAUAGAGUUCAGGGGUAGGCAGGUUAUGCAGUUUGGUAGGAUAGACAGUAAUGCCUACACACUGGACUUCCAGUAUCCGUUCACAGCCAUACAGGCGUUCGCUGUAGCUCUGGCCAACGUGACACAAAGACUCAAGUGAAAAGCUCAAUGUUGCAAAGGAAAUCUGAUGAUGCAGUGACAAAUCUUUGUAUAAAAAGUCACCAAAAUGACUAAAUGGAAGAGGAAUCCUUGUGAAAGGCGUGAAGGACCUGGAAAAUAACAGAGCUAACUCCAUGUCCAUAUCUAAAUACUGUGUCCAGGUUUAUGGGUGUUAGUCUGUAGAGAAUGCAGAUGGCUGAUAUGAAUUGGCAGUUAGGGGAUUCAUUUUGCAUUUUCCAGAGGUCUUACUCUCCAUAAAGCUCAACAAAGAGCUCAUUAUAAAGCUCAUCAGGGCUCAUAACCAGCAGUUGCGUGGAUAGUAUCUAAAAGUGUGUCUUUAUGCAUAGAUGCUAGAGAUUUAAAUCCAGGUAGGGUGUAGAUGCUACAGAGGAUGCCUGCUUUACACGAGACUGAACACAAUUGAGCUCUGGGGUCCUACUGUGAUCCAUGGCCAGUGGUACAAAUCAUUCCCCGUCAGAAAGUUUCACAUUGGAAAGGCAUUAGUUACAGCUAAUUAUAUAUUUGGGUCUGAACAUGUAAUUUGUUGCCUGGACAGCAAAUUAUUCAGAUUGAUGCAUCCUUAUUGUCAGUGCUUUGGUGAUACUUGGAUAGAAGACUUUCGAAAGCGCUCCAGCUUUUCAAACUUUUCCAGAUGAGACUUUUAAAGUUCUACUCUAGUGUAAAUGUGGGAA